AUGGAUUAAAAAAAUAUUUUAUAACCAGGCUUAAUAAUUGAGGGUAGAUUCAAAUUGCUCAAGAAGAUAGGGAGUGGUAGCUUUGGGAUUGUUUACUUAACUUAUGAUUUGGAGGAAAAGGAAUAUUGCGCAACGAAAUUUGAAAGUCGAAAUUUAUAAAUGAGAAUGAUGAACAGGGAGAUCCUUAUUUUAAAAUAGUUGAAAGGCAUCAAUGGUAAAUUGUUAUAUUUUUAAUUCAUUAAAUUUCAGGUUUUCCAGAAUUAAUUCAUUAUGGCAAAGACAGCUAAUAUUAAUAUUACAUCUGUACAUUGUUGGGUGAGAAUUUGGAGGUCCUGUUAUAAAAGUGCGGUGGUAAAUUUACUUUAUAAACUGUCCUUCAACUAUCCAUACAAUUGAUCGAUCGUUUGGAAGGUUUUAAUUUCUUAUACAUAAUUAAAGUGUUUCACAGCAUGAAUUUCAUUCAUAGGGACAUCAAACCUGAGAAUUUCCUAAUUUCUAAGGAGGAUACGUCAUUGGUUUAUUUGAUUGAUUUUGGAUUGUCCAAAUACUACAGAGUAACUGAUGGUAGACAUAUAGAAUUUACUCAGAAAACAGGAGUAAUUGGAACUGCACGAUAUGCUAGUAUUAAUACAUUGCAAUGUAUGGAUAUAUAUUACGUUAAGGGAUGGAAUAAUCAAGGAGAGAUGAUCUUGAAAGUCUGGGUUACAUGUUGAUAUAUCUAGUAAAAGGAGAGUUGCCUUGGUCUAAUGUGAAGGCUGCUGAUAAAGACGACAAAUACGAGCAAAUUUUAUAGAUUAAAAUGGGGUUGUCCUUAAAUCAACUGUGCUUUAAUUUACCAAAAGUAAAUACAUCAUCACUUAUGUAGUGUUUUAUUCAUUACUUCCAACAUGUCAAAUCACUGCUUUUUCAACAAUAACCUAAUUAUUCACACUUAAGGAACUUAUUCGAGAAACAGUUACUUGAAUACGAUCAUUAAUUAUAUGAUUGGGAAUUAAAAACAAUAGGGAAACAAUAAUAGUAAGAGUUAUAUAUUGAUCCAAAUUCAAUACCUGACAUUAGACUGCAGAAUGAUUUAGAUGUGGUUCCACCUGUAGAUGAGGAAGGCCAAGUAAUUCGGUUAAAAUAAGAGCAUUAGCAUCAUGUCAAAUUCAUGAAACAAUUACAUGAAAAAUACUUUGAUCACAAUUCUUAGAAAUUGAAUUAGCAAAUUUAAUUGCAAAAAGUUACAUCUAUAGAACAUAUAAGUGAAGCCACAAGCAAAUAAAAUAACUAUUAAACUAGCAAUAAUACUUUAAUCUAGAUUGAAUCUUAACCUCAUAUUCUUAAUAGUGUUCCAUUAUUUUCCAAAAGAAAAGAUUCUAAAUCAUACACUUCAAUUAAAUAAAGCUAAGAACAUAAAGAAAAUCGUAAGUUUCGAUAAUCAAAUGAUGACUAUGAUUUAGAUAUGGCUAAUGAGGAAGCAGCCAAAUUUGACUAAAAUAAUCUCGAAUUCAAUUACUUUUCAAAAUGA